CUGUUAUCUCAUGGAGUGUACCUAGUUAUAUUCCAUCAGACUAUCCCAUUAUCACAUAUGAGAUAGGAUAUCAUAUCUUAGAGUCUGGCAACUGUUUAAUGGUAGAUGAUGAUGACAUUGAUAUUCAAGCAUUGAAUCAAUAUAAUGUAUCCAGUACCAGUACUUUUAUCAUAAUUACUGGUAUUAAUGAUGACACUUGCUAUAUUUUUGGCGUACGUGCAUAUUCUAGUAGAGGACCAGGAAGCUGGAGGGCUAUUGCUAAUGAGACAUUGAUAAGUCAAAAAGCAUGCAUAGGAUCAAAUGAUGAAGGAGCUGUUGAUGGUGCUAGUAUUGGACUGGGUGCAGUGGUUGGAUUAUUAUUAAUAUCACUAGCUGUUAGUAUCAUUAUUAACAUCUACUGCUUUAUCAAGCUUAAAACCUAUGAUGCAAUUACUGCUAAGCAAACAAAGCUCAAUGAUGAUAUACCAAUGCAAGCUUGUGAAAUGUAUGGUAUUCACAAGACUAAAGAUGUUGCAGAAGAGGCCGCAGUAUAUGAGUGUCCUGAUGUCAAUGUUAAUGACACUGAUGUUUAUGAAGAUAUGAACCAGUAAAAACUUAACAGUGCAAUUUAAUAUAGAUGUACACUGUGUAAUGCAACAGUAUAAAAUGUCCAUGUGCUUGUAUAUUCAUUUUGUAGCUGGAUAGUGUGACAUAAAUAUACACAACUAUAUACAUACUUCUCUAGAUAUACAUCAUACUGAGUCUAUUAUACUGUAUAAUCACAUUAGUGUUAUUGUAGCUACUUUUAGUCAAAAUUUUGCAGUUUGUUUUUUUGAUGUUAUCUAAUCAAUGAAGUUUUCAGUUACUUCA